UUUUACUAAGCGGAACGUUUGGCGUCGGGGUUUCAUUUUCCGGCGGACCACAGAGCCGAUGAUGGCGACUCUCGGCGGCAGUCGCGGGGAUCGUCUCGGCAACACCGAUCCACCAAAGUCUUCUUUCGCAUCGCCGGAGAAAGUUCGCGAACUGCUCAACGCAGGCGUGUCGUCUGCGGAGGUCGGACCCGUCAGUGAACAAGGAAAUCUCAACGUCCUGGAAGUAAAAAGCAACACUCAAGCAUCUUGUGAGGCAACGAACAAAGAAGCCUUUUUCUCCAGAGUGGAAUCCUACUCGUGUUUGAAAUGGGCAGGAAAACCCCGCGCACUGUCCCCUCUGAUGUGUGCCCGAUAUGGCUGGAUCAACAUUGGCUGUGAUAUGCUGAAGUGCUCCAGCUGCUACGUUUUUCUCUGUGCAUCACUACAACCGACUUUAGACUUCGAAAAAUAUGCAUCCCGCGUUGCAGAGAUUUCAAGGCAGCUUCAGACGCAGCAUGAGAAAUUCUGCCCCUGGCCUGACUUUCCAUGCCCAGAGCGGUUCUGGCUGGUUCCAGCGUGCGAACCAUCCGCCCUGCUUACUGCCUUCUUAGAGCGCUUCCAGAGCACCUGUCUCCUUGCACAGCAGUUGCCUGCCAUGAAGCCGGAGCAGCUGAAGUCUAUGUCUUUGACGGAGGACGUUAUCAGUGUUGUGCUGCAGCUGAUCGAGGACGAACAAAAAAGAAAUGGAGGCUCUCCAUGUUCUGAAUCUUUGGCGGUCCAGGUGGCCGCAUGCAUCGUUUCUCUCUGUGGCUGGGCUGGAAGCCCAACCCUCCAAACGAUGAACCUGCCCAUCCUGACCUGCUCGUACUGCAUGCGCAAGGUGGGCUUGUGGAACUUCCACCAGAUGGAGGGAACGGGGGUGGAUGGCGACGCCUCACCAAUCACUGUGGGCCCGACUCCUCAAGCAGCCGCCCCCCCGCCAGCAGCCACGCAUGAAAGCCAGGGCGACCAGCCUGCGUCUGCCUCGUCCGCCCAGGCUACAACUCCGAGUCGCAUGAAGCUGAGGAGCCAGGACUCGUCCCGCUCUGAGCAGAAUGAGGGAACCUCCUCCCCCGUGUCGUUGCGAGCCCGAAGCAGAGACUCGCCAAGCCCCAGUGAAGAGCUGCAGAGUCCUUUGCCCAGGGGCAAGAGGUCUGUGCCCCGCGGCAGAGGACAGGCGGACCUCUCUGGAUCUGAGGGAGCUUCCAGCCUGCAUAACCCUCCUAAACGUCUGUGCCUCUCAACAUCUUGCGGCCCUGAUGGGCUCCUGCAAAAGAAUACAUUUGACCCCCUCGCUCAGCACAGAGACUGGUGUCCCUGGAUCUCUGUAGGGAAGGAGAAUGUGGAUCCAGGGGCGAUCCCUGGUUUGGAUGGAGUCUCGCCGCCCCAUCAGCAGGGCUGGAAGGCUGCUCUCGACCUCCUCGUGCCCAUGAGGAUGAACUCCAAUACAGCCGACGCUAGUCCGGGACAGGGCCCUCGUGAGAAGUCUAAAAGAGUGUUUGCUAUAUUCCGUCAGUGGCAGGGAUCCGCCUCUCCGUCUCAGUAGACCAUCCAAACGGCAUCACAACACUGAAUUGAUGAACUGACCUGCCCUCUUCUUUGGCAGUGUACGGGUCGGUAGUACCAGUGACAGGAAUGUCAUAUAUCAAUGUAUGCCAUCCUCUAAAGUUGUGUUUACAGUCAAAGUGUCUCUAGAGGAAAAGAAAGUUGAUCUUGGGAUAUUGGAACCUCUAUGGGCCUAGUGUCAUAUCUGCGCAUAAGAAGUAAUCUAGUAAUAGGACACAUCUCAACGUAUAGAUUGGUAACAAAAGAGGUGUUUACUAUUAACCUCACAUGGGAGUCUGCUUCUGCAUGACGUUGUGACAUCAGGAUAGUCUGGAUUUCUGUAGCAUACAAGAGGCCACAAAUCUAUUAAUAUCGCCAGAACGGGCCCGGCGUGACACUGGAAAGGCAAUGUUUACCUUCAAUGUAUGUUGUGUCAAUUGAGGGAGUUAUUAAUGUUUAACUUCAGAUGAGCAUAAACAAACUGUGAGGAAUCAUUUUUGUGUACCCUUGUACGUGAAAGGUAAUGUGGAUAUGAGUUCUCUUUUGAAAAGAACAAUCUUUUCCGGUAGGGAAAUGUUUAUUUUCUCUUACGAUACAGUACAAGAAAUCUUUAAUGUUGGCAAAACUCAGUCCUGAUUACUGCAGGCAAGUAGAACCAUGUGCCAUAAACUUCAACCAUGUUUUUAAAUUAGAUUACAGAUUCCUGUACUUCCUUUUUGCCUUUUGUGUGCAUCUCUUAAUGCAACUCUUUCUAUCUUGCAUGUGAUUUUAUCUUUAUGAAGUUUCCUACAAGCGUUUAAUAAAAUGCUCUUCUGUAAGUUUGUAUCACUU